AUGGGGAAUCGUAAUAAAAAACCCCAACCAAAUUCAGAUAACCCUAAACAGGAUGAAGAAGAAGAAGCAUUCACCUGCAAGAUUUGCAUGGAACCAGUAACACUCCCCAACAACAAAUUCAAGAACAGCAACAAAUGCAUCCACCCCUUUUGCACCGAAUGCGUGAUGAAAUACAUCCAAGUAAAGCUCAAUGACAACGUAUCAGACAUCAAAUGCCCGGAUAUAACCUGCAAUCACUCUCUGGAACCCUUAUCAUGCCGACCCAAAAUUGCACACCAACUGUUCGACAAAUGGUGCGAUUUGUUAUGCGAAUCCGCAGUGCUAAAGAUUGACAGGGUUUACUGCACUAACCAAGAAUGUUCGGCAUUGAUUUUAAACGAGUGUGGUAAUCGUAAUCUGAAGAGAUGUGUGUGCCCUGAUUGCAGUAAACCAUUUUGUUUCCGAUGCAAGGUCCCAUGGCACGAUGCGCAUAGGUGCAAGGAGAGUUGGGUAACGAGGUAUCUAAACGACAUCUCUUUUAGCAUCAUCUCGAUGUGGAAUGGAUGGAUGAGGUGCCCUAGUUGCAGGCACUGUAUCGAGCGCGUUCGUGGGUGCAACACUGUUCGUUGCAGAUGUGGAACUAAAUUUUGCUACACGUGUGGAAGCUCGAGAAGAUACCACUAUUCCUGUGAAAAUCACAUUGCUACAUUCUUCAGGAGGCUGUUUUUUGAAUUUCGUUGGUUUUAG